GAUGCUUGAUGUUUUUUUAUUGUUUUUCUUCCCUGUCCCUUAGGUAGACCGCCCGUUCUUGUCUCCGUUUUCUUUUGUUCUCGGUUGCCAAUCUCCUUACUUCACUACUGCUCGUCUCCUGUCGCCUACUAACUCUGCAGCCUCCGAGGCAUAGUUCGCUCCGUACUGUGACCUCAUUGCUUAUGUAUAUACGUCCGGCUGGUUUUGGCUACCCGCCCUCCCCCUUGUCAGUUGGCAACCAGCCUUGGCUUCACAGUAACGACUGGGCAGUGCUGCCCUGUUAAGGGCGACUGCUGUCAUCAUGCCUUUCGCCCAACCGCCCAAGGUCUCCUCAGACCCUGAAAUACCCCCGGCCCGCCCUGGCCGGCCCCGGUUCCACCGCAGAUGCACAGAGGACCGAAUCCGCGAAGGCUCACGGACGCCUCCUUGCUUUUUCAUGGCAGGCAAGAUUACUAGAGAACGAAAAUCCAUCUUCAGGGAGCUGGGGCUCGACACGGACCUGCCGAGCCAGCCGUACUCGGUCCGUGACGAGCACGAGUUUGGUGAGCCCACGGAGCUGGCACCGGCAUCGCCAGCGAGCACUCAUGCUGUCGAUGAGGGAACUCGCAACGAGGACGAUGGCGCCGAAAACGAGGCCGAGGGACGGCCGACACAACAAAAGCAGGGUAGCAGCAACCGAGCUGAGUCCCGGUCCAACCCGGCGUCCCCCUCGGAGACCCAGCGGCCAUGGUACUCCCGAUUGCCCCGGGUCCGGCGCCCGAGAAUCAAGUCUGUCUCCUCAAGUGCGCCGCCUUCUCGCAUGUCCACCAUAACGAGAUUCUCGUCGAUUGUGCUGCUCAUUGUUGUUUUUCUUCCGGGCUUUAGUUAUUACCGCGGCCGUGAAGAAGGGACUGCGCCGGCUGUUGCGGAUGCCGGCGUGAUCGAUACCCCGGCGGCGGAAGCCCGUCCGGUGCUCGAGAGGAGAAACAGUCCGACGGACGUGUCCAAGAGAUGGGCACACCAGGGUGAGUGAGUACAGAGAUAGCAUUGGGUAAUAGCGCUUGUGAGGCUCCCAGGACGGAAUGGCGUGCAGAUCCAUGCGACGCAUUGUACAAUAUUUGUUUCAUUACACCAAUUUCUGCGCGCGGCGCGUCUGUAGUAUAUACACGGCAUAGCACUUGUCAUGGCGAUGACGCUGUUCCCAUGCCUAAGUCCCUCCUUGAACUGCGGUCUGGGCAGCAGACAGCUUUCUCCCGCGAAUCAAUAGCACGCCAUCGUGCUCUGUUAUGUUUCAGCCC